AUGGCGGGCUUUCUGGGGUCCACCAGCACUAUGCUUGUUGAGGACUGGUUCUCCGUUGUGCAAGCUGGUGCUCCCUUUCAAAGGUCUCAGCAUCCCCAUGCUACCUCCUGCCGGCAUUUCCACCUGGGUCCCCAGCCUCAGCUCUCCGCCGACUUCACCCUGCCUCACGCAGUGCAGCCCCAGCCGGGGCUGACCCCUCACAUGGCCCCUGCACACCAGCACAGUGGCCCCCUGCACCAGCCCCUGGCCCCAGUGCCACCCCUGCCCUUCCAGGACGUCGCUGGACCCUCCUUCCUACCUCAGGCGCUACACCAGCAAUACCUCCUCCAGCAGCAGCUCCUCGAGGCACAGCACCGCCGGCUCAUGCCCCAUCCCAGGCGGGCUCAAGAGCGCAUGUCUGUCCAGCCUCACCGCCUACACCCCAGCUUCGACUUCAGCCACCAACUGCAGACUCCACAACCCAUGGGGCCCCAGCCCAGGUAUUUAGCAGAAGGCACGGACUGGGACCUCAGCGUCGAUGCGGGACUGACUCACGCCCAGUUCCAGGUCCGUCCCGUCCCUCAGCCAUAUCAGCAUUACUUAGCCACACCUCGGAUGCACCAUUUCCCCAGAAGCACAUCCUCAACGCAGAUGGUUGUUCAUGAAAUCAGAAAUUAUCCUUACCCUCAACUUCAGUUGCUUGCUCUUCAGGGACUGAACCCAAGCAGGCACACAUCUGCUGUGCGGGAGAGCUAUGAAGAGCUGCUGCAGCUGGAGGACAGGCUGGGCAGUGUGAACCGGGGCGCCGUCCAGAACACCAUCGAGAGAUUCACCUUCCCCCACAAGUACAAGAAGAGAAGACCACAAGAAGGCAAAGCUGAGCAAGAUGAUGGAGAGGAGUCAGACACUGAUGAGAAAUGCACAAUCUGUCUGUCCAUGCUAGAAGAUGGAGAAGACGUCAGGCGGUUGCCUUGUAUGCAUCUCUUCCACCAAGUGUGCGUGGACCAGUGGCUGGCCACAAGCAAGAAGUGCCCGAUCUGCAGGGUGGACAUUGAAACACAGCUCGGCUCGGACAGCUGAAAGGGCUGGCUGGAAACACCAUUUUCCUUACCAGGUCGUAUGGCCAUAGACCCUUGCAGCAAAAUUUUUGCCUUCUGAGCCAUUUGAUUGAGAGGGGAAGUCUGCAGGCACGUUAGUGAGGAGGAGGAGGAGGAGGUGGUGGUACAAUAUCUAGCAGUAGGAGAUAUUGCACAUACGCAGGAUACAGGCCCAGUGAAAGGGAGCUGGCAUUCCCGGAGCUCAGAGACCCCGUGCUGCAGAAGAUUUAGUGUUGAACAUGAAGGAACUAGUUGUGGUAGCCUGGCCUGUCAAUCCUGCACUUCAUGGGGAUUGUAUAUAUACCUCUCGAAUAUGUAGAAACAUGUUAGGGGUCCUUUAGCUAUUUCUAUGGAUGGCAGCUGGAGCAUGUUAGCUUAAGAAAUGUUGUGUUUGAUGCCCUACUCAUCUUGUGGUGGACAUGUUGCUGUUACCUAUUUUGCACCAAAUAUUUUUUCAUAGAUUCCUUAUUUUGGUGCCUGAUUAAUACAUUGCAGAGGGGGAAUAAAGAGGUCAAACUUUCCUACCCUUGGGGUGGGGGAAGAGGAGAAAAAGCAAAAUCCUGUUUACAGUCAGAAGGGUUUGCGCUCUUUGCCUCAGCCGCGUGUGCUUCUUUCCCUUGCAUUUACAGUGUGUUGCAAAUUUAGAGAAGCUUAAAGAAAUAAAAAUUGGGGAUAAAAUGAACGAAGCAAUAGGGAGAAGCUUCGUUCCUGCUUGUCUGCUGGUGCUGGACACUUUCUGUAGGGGCAUAAUAUUGGACUAGAUGCUGUUUCUUUGCUUUCUGUAUCUUUAACAAAGUAGCUUGUCAUAUCAAAAUCCAAGGAAGAUCUGUCUAUUUGAUUGCCAUUGUCUGUGAUGCUUUCUCCUGUGAGCUGCGUGACUGGUUGGCUUCACCAGCUCCAAAAUGAUGGUUACUGGAGUUGGUGCCUACAGCUGUGCUUUGGGGUAUAAUAACACCAGAGAAGUGCCGAGAGGUGCAAAACAUUGACUCUUCUCCCUUGCGAAGGCAUCUCUGAUAACAGGACAGAAGAAAACUCGAUGCUCUCAAGGCACUGC